AUGUCACCUUUGUCAUAUUUAUAUCAAGUACCGAAUCAUUUCGGUAUAGGAGAAAAAUUGUUUCAAAAUUGUGUAGGGUAAUAUUUUAAAUUAAAGACACGAAUCAGAAUGGCUGAAGUCCUGGAAGAAUUCAUCACCCUCACACCCUUGACUUGUGUGCAACAGUGCAACGCUUUACUAGGCGCCACAUCAGGGAAACCGAGAAGCUGUUCUGUAUUUUUCACUCUUUUUGGCGUAUACUGCGGAGUUCUCGUCUUUCGCGCCUAUCGAACGUAUUCCUCGAAACAGGGAGGAGAUGGUGAAAAGAUAUCGGAAGGAGUUACAUUGGAGGCAAAAGCGGAUGAUCUGAACUUGGAACCAGGUCCCAGCCCAGUGAAAGAAUUUGCAGAGCAAGCGAAGCCGAUCCUGUUGCAACCCGUCGAGUUUUCCAGCACUGACAUGAGAUGGCGCUAUAGCCACCAACUGCCUGACGCAAGUCUUAUGCAAGAAUCAGAUAGUGGUGAAGAAGUAACUCAAGAUGACGAAACGCUGAGUAAUGUGGGGGAUAAUAAAGAUGAGGACGAGCCCGCCACAGUGUCAGUGGCCACAUCGACAUCGGGGGCAAGGUCUCGGGUGCACGAGGAUGGAGAACAUACCGAGGCAACAUUAUUUCCGGUGUGAUGGCUCAAUGA